AUGACUAAACAGCGUCGGCCAUGUCGACGGGCGGCCAUUCUUUGGCUGCCGUUCUUACUUAUGGCUUCUGCCGCCAACCCAACACUGGCAAAUGGAUUGGACAUCGGCGAGGCCGCACAACCCGUUCCACCCAUACCUCGGACGGCUGAAAGCGAUGCAAGCAGAAUAGGCCAAUUGGUUCGGAGACUGAUAGCAGUAGGCCCCGACAUCAUAGCGGCCGAUGUGCCGGAACAGAGGCGGCAGAUCGUGCGGGCGCUGGAGCAGGACCAAGAAGAGCGCGAGGAGAGCCGGAGGAAGAAGGAGAAGCGGCGAGUUCCAGCAGCAGCAGCAGCAGCGGCAGCAGCGGCAGCAGUGACCGAGCGGGCACCGAUACAGACCGCGGCGCCGACAUAUCCCGUGACAAUGCUGGUAGCACGACAAAACGAUGGCCAGGUGGCAGCACUGAGCGCGCAGAUCCAGUCUCUGUCGCUGGCGUCGUCAGCCGUCAGCCAGGCCAGCCGGCUGGUUUCGCAGACAUCGCAGCAGCUAGCCCAACAGGUGACACAGCUGUCACAAUCGACCGACCAGCUGUCGCAGUCGAUCCGGCAGUUGCAGCAGACGAGCCAACAGCUCCAGCAGUCGGCCCAGCAGGCAUCCCAGUCGGCUCAACAGGCGUCCCAGUUGGCCCAACAGGCGUCGCAAUCGGCCCAACAAGCUUCACAGUCGGCCACAAGCGCCAUCAUCGCGGCUCAGGCGUCGGCUGCUAGCAGUGCCAGCUCAGCCAUUGCGCUUAGCCUGGCCAGCCUCUCGAGCAGCGUCUCCCGGGUAAUCGCCUCGGCCAGUGCCAGCGCUGUCAACAUUGCUAGCCUCGCCAGCAACCAGGUCCAGUCGGCCAAGGCCGACGCCACCUUUGCCAGGGCUGAUGCUGCCACGCAAGUCAAGCAUUCCCAGGGCACAAGCGUGUCGGUGACCCAGGUGGCUCUUGCUGUCGUCGUCACUUUUGUCGGCUCUGUGCUUCUCACCGCCCUCGGAUUUUAUCUGGUGACGCGGUGCAGCAGAAAAGGGAGGCGCCUGAACCACCGGAGCGCAGGUUACCCGCGCGACUUGAAGCUGCAGAAUCCUCCUGCAGGGCCGUAUAGCAGCAGAACAGGCUACAACAGCAACGAUAUCAACGACGACGAGCAAAGACUGAACCCUAGUGGUAACGGUGGUGGCAGUGGUGCCAACGGACGUAAUUCUCAACAGUCGUCACUGUACAGCCGCAACUCGAUGCAGCAGUCCUCCACCAACGCCGGCUUCGGUAGCACGGCCAUCAAUAGUCCGCCGCCGCCCAGACGGAAAGACACAAUCAAUUCGGCCGGUGGUGUCCGUGGCAGGAGCAUGACUUCCUUCUCUCUCUUCCCCAAGACGCAGACACCGGUUGGCCUAUCGGGAGAGGCGAUCGGAAUCGCCGUCGGCAGCAGAGAUACGCUGGACAUGACGCCGGCGCUUCGUGGUGAUGUUGGUGAAGCCUCUUCGCCCAUGUACAAGACAGCCACAAUCGUGACGCUUGCGCAGGUCAAAAAAAGCGGCAAUAAUCUGACAAGGCCGCCGCCGAGUCUGCAGCAAUGGUUGCGCCAGGAAACAAUGCGCCCAAUCGGCACGGGUGACGAAGAAAUGAGCACAAGUUGGCCGUUUGAAAGAAAUCAACAACAGCCACAGACUAUGCGAAAGCAGUCCGUCGGCGCUGGAGGCGUCAAUCCCGGAAAAGUGAUGCAGCCGGGAGGACCGUUGCCAUUAAGAGAUUCAUGA